AUGACUCUUCGAAGUACCGCCGAGGAGAUGGAGAGGCUGCAGCUUUCCGACGAGGAUACCGAUAACCUCUGGGACUCUCCUUCCAAACGAGGCAACCCCAAGAGCUCCCGUUCUCAGCUCAAACAGCGGUCCUCUGAUGAACGCAUGGCACCGGAACCCCGCCCGGUCCAAGAUAGCGGCGACAAUGUUUUCGACCGCGAAGAAGCCCGGGAGGCAGCUCUUCAUAACGAGCUCCAGAGCGUGCGGAACAUCAACGAAGUUCUGGAAGGACUGCUCGGCAGUAUUGAUCGCGCUAAAGGAAACAUGGAGACCGUAUCGAAAACAGUUACAUCCGCCUCCACCCUCCUCAACUCCUGGACCCGAAUUCUCUCGCAAACCGAGCAUAAUCAAAGGCUGAUUCUCAACCCCAAUUGGCAAGGCGCCACCCAGGAUGUGGCUGACAUGGAGAAUGAAGCUAUACAAAAACAGCAAGCGGCAGAGCGGCGGGAGCGGGCACUUCAAGAACAACGUGAGGCCGCCGCUCGAAAGGCAGAGGACGACGAAAGACGACGCGCUUUGAACACCAAGCCCGGUCGGGGCACCAGUCGGGGCACCGUCCGCAGCACUGGCCUAGGCAGGACACCCAGUGUGAGCACCAGUCGAACAGGGGCCACGCGUGGCUCUUCAACAACGGCCCGAAGACCGGUCAGCGGGAUUGCUAGAGGUAUCAGUCACAGUGCCACCAUGAAUUUCGCCCCUUACCAGGACGAGUCGCCCGAGAUCGAACGGGCCUUCUCCCCGCCUAACCCCGAGGGUCGCGUCAAAUCCCCUAAUCACCGCUCGCCCCGGGCAUCGGCCGAUCUGCCGUCGCCGAGCCACUUCACUGGCGGAGGCUAUGGGAACACUGGCUUCGGACGGGACGUGGAAGGUGGCCAUGUAAGCCUGGGAGCCUUUGAGACGAGCCUGCCGAUUCGCAUGGACGUGGAGGCCAUGCUCGCAUACUUGCUUCUGCCUCCGGCGGGGGGCGUAUUCCUGCUUUUGACAGAGCACAAGAGUGACUAUGUUCGGUUCCACGCGUGGCAAUCGAGCAUGCUUUUCAGCGCUAUCUUCAUCAUCCACCUCAUCUUCGCCUGGUCUGCCUUCCUCUCCUGGACUCUCUUCAUAAUUGACAUUCUGCUCAUUGGGUUCCUCGGCAUGCAUGCUUAUCGUGAUGUUGACACAUUGGACCACUUUGAGGUACCAUUCAUCGGCCGCUUCGCUAACUCUUUCGUGGACAAUGAGUAA